AUGGAAAGUUUAACAAGUAGAGGAGAUAUUGUCUUAGCAACUGCAUCAUCUAGUAUAGCUGCAACAUUGUUACCCGGUGGUAAGACUGCACACUCUCGAUUUAAGAUACCUAUUGAUAUACAACCGAGUUCCAUUUGUGGUAUUCAAAAGCAAAAAGAUUUUGAAAAUCUCAUUAGAGUUUCUGCCAUAGUAAUUUGGGAUGAAGCACCAAUGAUAAACAAAAAUUGUUUGGAAGCCUUAGAUCGAUCAUUACAAGACAUUUGUAGCAAUAAUACUCCAUUUGGUGGAAAUAUUCUGAUCAUGGGGGGAGAUUUUCGUCAAGUUCUUCCUGUUGUAAGAAAAGGUACUAAGGCACAAAUGAUUUCAGCGUGUAUUGUCCAGUCUCAUUUACGGAAUCAUACCAAGAUUUUGCAUUUGCGUCAAAAUAUGCGAUCAUUGCAUGAUCAAGAGUUUGUAGAAUUUCUUAUUCGCAUUGGUGAUGAUGUUGAACCUACCAAACCGGAUGACAUGGAUGCCCCAUAUAUGGUACAAAGAGCUAUUUUGACACCAACAAAUGAUGAUGUCCAGAAAUUGAAUGAUAUGAUUAUCGACCAGUUUCCAGGAGAAGAACAUAGUUUAUUGUCGUUUGACGAGGUUGAAGGAGAUAAUCAUAAUUUAUGCCAACAAGAAUUCUUAAACUCAAUUGCACAAGAUAGUUUGCCACCACAUAUUCUAAAGAUAAAAAAGGGUGCACCGUUGAUGUUAUUACGAAAUCUAGAUCCUAAAUAUGGAUUGGGUAAUGGGACACGGUUAUUAUGUCGUGGUUUAUUUAUGAAUAUGUUGGAUGUGGAAAUCUUUAUAGGAAGCAACGCAAGAAACAUGCUUUUUUUUCCCAUAAUUAAAAUAAAAACAUCUGCAAGUGAUGAAUUGCCUUUUGUCCUUACUAGAAAGCAGUUUCCUGUGCGACUAAGUUUUGCAAUUACAAUAAAUAAAUCACAAGGACAAACCAUUCCAAAUGUUGGAAUAUAUCAUCCACGACAUGUUUUUAGUCAUGGGCAGUUAUAUGUGGCUUUAUCCAGGGGUGUUUCACAGACUACAACAAGAGUUUUAACUAGGGAAGGAAAAUUGAAAGCAGAAGUUCGUGACUACACAAAAAAUGCAGUCUUCAAACAAAUUCUUUUAUCGCACCCGCAGAUAGCAGAAUUUGAAGAUAAAUCGAACACAUGGAAGGAUGAACAAAGUAUUUCAUCCAUCGGUAAACUCGACAAUAAGUUUUUUAAAUCUCAAGAGCGCAUUGAUAAAUGGAUGUACGAAGAAUUGAUUCAAAUCUUUAUAAGGGAAAAAGAAAAUACUUUGAAUAGAGAUUUCAUGUUCGACAUUCCUCUUAAAGAACGUCAUUGA